AUGAAGAAUUUGGACAUAAAUACAUUCGAUAAUAUCGAGGAUAUUCCUUUAGGUUCUUCUGAACAAGACCCAUAUGAUUUUUUUACUUUAUCAGAUAGAAAUGUUAUGAAUUCAGAUAUGAAAAAAAAUAUUGUUCAGUGGAAUAAUCGUUAUAGCUACAAUCAAUUAAAAAACAAAGACAGUUUGAUAAUGUUUCUUGUAGAAAUAUUUAGAUCUCUGUUUGUAUCCAAUUGUAUUGACAAAAAUAUUGAUAAUGUUUUAUUAAGCAUAGAAGAAAUGUUUAUUGAUCAUUACUAUAAUCCACAACAUAGUCGAUUGAAAUAUUUGAUAGAUGAUGUUGGAAUAUUUUUUACAAAAUUACCUAUAACAAAGGCUUUUCACACAUAUAAUAAAAAAUAUCGUAUUACGAAAAGAUUGUAUGCUCCACCAACAUUCAAUGAAGUUAGACAUAUACUUAAUCUUGCUCAAAUUUUGUCCCUUGAAGAAGGCCUAGAUUUAUUAACCUUUGAUGCUGACGAAACACUAUAUCCGGAUGGUCAUGAUUUUAAUGAUGAAGUUUUAGCUAGCUAUAUAUCAUGUUUAUUGAAGAAAAUGAACAUUGCCAUAGUGACAGCAGCUUCUUACAACGAUGAUGCAGAAAAAUAUCAAAAACGAUUAGAGAAUUUGUUAAAAUAUUUUUCGAAGCAUAAUAUUAAAGAUGGAUCAUAUAAAAACUUUUAUGUUAUGGGUGGGGAAAGUAAUUAUUUAUUCAAAUGUAACGAAGAAGCUACCUUAUAUUCUGUACCUGAAAAUGAGUGGAGACAUUAUAAAAAGUUUGUUGAUUAUGAUACUGUUCAGGAUAUAUUAAAUAUAUCGGAGAAAUGUUUAGAAAAAGUUAUAAGAGAUUUUGGCUUAUGUGCACAAAUUCAAAGAAAAGAAAAAUCAAUUGGUUUGGUUCCUAAUAAAAUACCAUCUUUAAAUGUAAAAAAUGAACAAAAGAAUUACAUGAUAAAAUAUGAAGUAUUGGAAGAAGCAGUAAUUCGUAUAAAAAAAGAAAUUAUAAAAAACAAAAUAACAGCACCUUAUUGUGCAUUUAACGGAGGACAGGAUUUAUGGGUAGACGUUGGAAAUAAAGCGGAAGGGCUAUUAAUAUUACAAAAGUUAUUAAAAAUACAAAAAAAGAAAUGUUGCCAUAUCGGUGACCAGUUCUUACACUCAGGAAAUGAUUUUCCAACAAGAUUUUGUAGUUUAACAUUAUGGGUUAGCAACCCUCAAGAAACUAAAGCAUGCUUAAAGAGUAUAUUGCAUUUAAACAUAAAAUCAUUUAUUCCGGAAGUUUUAUAUGAAAAUCAAUAA